UUAGUUUCAAUCAUGAAACUUGCCGAUCGCCAGCAGUCUCCGGUGACGAUGUCGGCAGCGACGGACCCGACGGGGUCUCCGAUCACGACGUCUGCAGCGACGCACCCGACGAGGUCUCCGAUGACGACGUCGGCAGCGAACCAUCCGACGGGGGAUUCUUCAGCGGCACGGUCUAGGGCCAGUAAGACUUCGAAGGAUGAUAGCACUUGCACCGUUUCAGAUGACCCCGUCGUUACGGGUGUUAUCGAUGCUUUCCGAUCUCCACCGAUUCUUCAAAAAACUGCGGUCUCCGGAUUGCAAACACAGAUUUUGCUUUCACUGGGGGACCUUUCGAGCCAAAUUUGUGAAACGCAAAAGAUGUUGAUAAAGAUGGCCCAUGAUAACACUGAAUUUCAGGAAAAUAUGAAUGAUAGAAUGACAAACGUUGAACACAUUCAACAGCUACAAUUACAGCAAGUCACGGAUAUAACGCAUGGAGAACAACAUUUUCCAAGGAAAAGAUACAUCGAGGUCGAGUAUCCUAGCACUAUAGGAAAGAGGGUUCGAGGAGUCAAUGGUAGGGCCGUUGUAAGUAACAAGAAAUUUGAUUGUUACAAAAGAUGCUUGGUAGACGGUAACGAUGACUUCGAUUUUGUUUGCACUACGGACGAAACACGCAUUGCGUUGCGUAUAUUGUGUGCAAAGCCUACUGAGACGAUCAUCCAUAUUGUUGACGUCGUUUUGACGAAGGCCGAUUUGGUAUGUCUUGUACAGACUUAUCCGUAUGACAAUUAUGAAAAAAACAUUAGCACAAAGAUCAUUAAGGCGUUUGUCAAGCAUUUUGGACAAAGUAGAUCAAUUAAACGACAUAAACAUAUGUACCAUGCCUACUUAGAGACCCCGUCAGUUGUGUCAAUGCUUAUCAAGUAUGGCUAUUAUGAUGGUGUUGAGCUAGGAAACACUGAUGAAAAUAUGUACAAAUCCGCUGGAGUCAGCUAUGUGAAUAAUGAUAUGAACUUCAAUAGACCAUUGGUACGUAGCGGUUCUGGACUGUACCAGAAAGGUGUGUGUCCUUGA